UUUGUCCUAAUAGUGUAUCAGAGAUAUUUAAGAAUUUUGUUACCUCUCUCGGGUUCGUGUUAGCAGUGUGAGAAUUUUAGAAGAAGCAAUGGCGUCGACUUCGAAGAAGAUAACGUUGAGGAGCUCCGACGGAGAGACGUUCGAGGUGGAGGAAGCGGUGGCGGUUGAGUUGCAGACGAUCAAGCACAUGAUCGAAGACGAUUGCGCGGACAACGAGAUCCCUGUCCCCAACGUCACCAGCGAGAUCUUGACCAUGGUCCUCGAGUACUGCAAGAAGCACGUGGACAAGGGAAAGAUGGGCGAGGAUGAACUAAAGGCGUGGGAUGCUGAUUUUGUCAAGGUUGACCAAAAUAUCCUCUAUCACCUCAUCUUGGCUGCCAACUAUUUGAACAUCGAGAGCUUGUUGGACUUGAUUUGCCAAACCGUUGCUGACAUGAUAAAGGGAAAGACGCCUGAGGAGAUUCGCAAGACCUUCAACAUUGAGAAUGAUUUCACCCCUGAGGAAGAAGAGGAGAUUAGGAGGGAGAACCAGUGGGCAUUCGAGUGAUUGGGUUUGUGUUAUGAUAAACAUUGGCUUCUGCUUGUCCAGAUGGGAAAAGUUAAAA